CGAAGCAGCCCCUAGGCAAGGCGGAGGCUGAGCAGCGGGCGCUGCAGCAGCUGGGAUCAGGGAUGGCUCCGUGGGAAUCGGCGGGGGUCUCCCCGGCUCCCCCGACGCAGGGCGCCGCAGCCGCCCAGGGGAACAGCUCCGACCUCGGAAAUCAAGAUUUUCCUAAUAUUUUGGCAAGCCAUGGUUUAGAAAGUACUACGACUCGCGCUGUCGGUGAUCACACAGGAAGUGGUGUGCAUCCAGAAUAUCUUGCUUAUGGGUUGGUUCCUGUCUUUUUCAUCAUGGGCCUUUUGGGGAUCCUCAUCUGUCACAUGCUUCAGAAAAAAGGGUAUCGGUGUACAACAGAGGCCGAGCAAGAAAUUGAAGAGGAAAAACUUCGUGAAAAGAUAGAAAUGAAUGAAAGUGUAAAUGACAAUAACGAUACUGUGGGGCGAAUUGUCAACAUCAUUAUGAAAAAUGAAGCAAAUGCUGAUAUGUUAAAGGCCAUGGUGGCAGAUAACAGUGUGUGUGAUCCUGAAAGCCCUGUGUCUCCUACCACUCCAGGCAGUCCUACAAGUCCAGGCACUCCUUUGUCACCAGGUGAUACUCCAUCAAAACAUAACUGUCGUGGCCAUCACUUGCAUACAGUUGGGGGAGUAGUAGAGAAGGGUGUUUGUAGUCGCUGUAGUCACAAAAGAUGGCACCUUUUAAAGCCAACCAACAAAUCUAAAGAACCAAGAAAAAGCCGCCAAGGAGAAGUUACAGUACUUUCUGUGGGAAGAUUUAGAGUCACAAAAGUAGAGCACAAAUCUACAUCCAAAGAGCGGAAAAGCUUGAUGUCUGUUAAUGGUGUUGAAGUUGUCAAUGGAGAAGUGCCUGCCACACCUGUCAAACAUGGAUCAAGAGAAGUUCCUGCCACACCUGUCAGACAAGGAGCAAGAGGGAGAACUGGCACAGAAUAAUAGGUGCUGGUGAGGAAUAUGUCCUCAGUACAAAAACACUAUCACUACUGGCACUAACUGGAAUAUACUUGGGCAGUCAGCAGAGGCUCAAAGCACUGAAUGGGCAUGGAACCAAACUUAUUUGUAAUGGUGGUUGUGAAAAGACUUGCAGAUCACAGCCUCACAGGAAUAUCUGAGAUGCCUGUUAUUUCCUAUAGUUUAAGUGCUGCCGUUAUUGCUUCUUGUAUCAGAUGGUACCAUAAUCGUGGAAUCUUGGAUAUCUCUAUAUGGUGCACAUACCAUGUUAGGAGCACCAUUUCAGAUUUUGGUCUGGGUCGAAAGGCAACUUUAACCGUGAUCUCAGAUAAUAACUUAGAAAUUAGCUGACAGGAGCCCUGUAUCUAAUUCCUAUAUAAAGAAAGAAAAAAUACAUACAAACACCAAUUAAAGCCACAUUUAAGUUUAUAUUUAAAUUUAGAACAAUGGGGAGAUAAUAUAGCAAGAUAUUCCCAAUCCCAAAAUUGGAAUCGAUCAUUUAACUUUUGGAAACACCCUACUAGGGCAAGGCCUUGUGAGUUUAUACAGCACCUAUCUGGGAUUCUAGGGGUGUUAGGGUAGUACAAAUAAUAAUAGACUAGAAACUGACUUUAAAUGGGAGUGAAACUAACAUUUUCAAGUCACUUUCUCUUCUGUUUAAAGGCUAUUUACUUUCCAAAAGGCUCUUAAACACACUACAGUGAUUGAGUUGAAGUUCUCAAAGGAGAUUAUAUAAAACCAAACACCAAGAAAACUCCACAUUUUAAAGUUGAGAAAAAAUGGAGUCUUGUUUAUUAUUUAGAGUUUGUACAUACGUUUUUAAAGUUCCAGUCUGUGUUUAGAUGGUGUACCUCAGUUCUCAUUGCUGUAAAAUGGGAAUAAUAAUACUUGCCUGCCUGCCAUAUGGAAUUAUAAGGAUUAGAUUGAGAUCUGGGAGACAGGAACUGGACCUUCUUAAUGGUUUGUAUGGUGCUUAGCACAAUGGGGGCCUCCUCCUGAUUUAAGGACUUUGGUCCCUAGUGUAACAUUAGUCAGCUGUUGAGAUGCCUGCUGGUGGUAGCUGAAGGGGACUGUGAUGGCUUGGAUCAUUGAAACCCCCUUGGGAACUGCCAGCUGAUGUGCCAAGACUACUUCUGCCCCUGCUUUCCCUGCCAGCUUGAGACUCCAGCACCCCGUUUUGUUGAGCCAGACAUGCUAGACUGCUCCAACACAGACCCAAGGUCUGAGCCACGUGCCCUAAAGUUGCAGACUUAACUGAAAGUGGCUUACAGAAGUAUUCCUGUCUUUAACACUCAGAUACCUAUCUCUCAAGUGGGGUCCAAACCCCAAAUAAAUCCAUUUUACCCUGUGUAAAGCUUAAGAGGGUAAACUCCGUAAAUUGUUCGUCCUCUAUAACACUGAUAGAGAUGUACAGCUGCAGGGACUGUUCCCCCUCACUGCCUCCUCCCUCGGGACACAGCCCUGUGCCCUCACCCCUCCCUUGCCAUGGAGAUUGACUCCUCUUUCCCUCCCUACUGCCCCCCACCCCCAGGAUCCAGCACCCUCUCCCCCUGCCACUGGGGGCCCUGUGCUCACUCUCUCCUUCCCACCAUCACCACAAGGGACUCUGUGCUCCCUCUGCGCCAUCCUCACCACUGGAGACUCUCUGCUUCUUCCUGCCACCCACCACCACCACUGGGGACCCAGUGCUCCCCCAUUCCACCCUGACUGACCCCUUCCUUGCCUGCCCCACCCCCAGAGGCUUGGCUCCUCCCAGGAGCCAACCCUCUUCUCUUUGCCUUGGGCCUGUUAAGUUGUCUGUGUCAGUCCUGCUGUCGUUUGACCCCAUUGGGCUAGGCUGUGCGAGCCCCUCAUUUUCCAAGCUGUCAGACUCAGUUCGAAUCCCCAUCCUUCCAUCCCAUUGGAAGAGAGUAGCUGCUGAUUAGUGGAGACAGAGGAGCGGGAGGAGUGGGUGAGCUAGCGCAGUGGAGGAAACUGACUGCAGGAGCCAGAGAAUUCUGGCUCCUGAAGGAGAGGACUUGGCUGCAUAUAACUGCAGAUAAGAGCUCCGCCUGGGGCUGGGGUGUGUGCCAUGAGCAGACCUCCGGUAUGAAACGGGGCGAAACGGUGCCUCUGCUUGUGUUGGUAGAUCUUGGCUUUUUAAUGGCUGUUGCUGCAAUGAGGGAUAAAGUGACCUACAAAGGACUUCAAUUAAAAUUUUUUUUGCGGUAAAAUGGUGACUUGAACACUUCUUUAUUUUAAUUUUUAAAAAGUGGGGUUUUUUUGCUUCCCUUUAGAGUCUAUUUCUGCCAGUUAACCUGAGGUGAUAACUUAAUUCUACACUAGGGACUAACCUUGACUCCUUUUCCUAGUCUAACCAAACCCUCAGUUCUCAUCUUUGUUUCUUGACUCUGACUCUUGUUUCGCUGGUUCUUCUGUCUCCAUAAAGUCUUCCAGGAUAAGACAAGGUUGGGCACACUAAUGUGCGUGCAGAGUUUUUAAGUUUUUGUUUAAAUAAAAAAUAAAGAAGAAAUCCAGGCUUUCUAAUGUAUAUCAUGAAGCAGCAGGAAAACAACACACAACAUUUAAGUAAAAAUUGAGUUCCAGUACAUUUGGAGGGUUACCGUAAAAAAGUCUUAUUUCAAACCUAUACAAAACUGUACAUCAAACAUGUUUUGUAUAUUUUUAAUCUUUUUGAUAGCAUACAACUUGAUAGUUUUAAGACUCCGUUUGUUAAAUAAAACAAUAAUUGCUGCAUAUUACCUAAAAGCUGCUCUCUCAAAUUUACUGUAUCUUUUUUUUAAAUUUAAAAAUAGACUGUACUCUAGGAAUGCUAGAAACUUUGAAUGUCCAUCUAAGACAACCCUGUUUGUAUUGUAGAAUCUCCCAUAGGAUUUAAGUGGUUGCUCUAUAUUGAAAACAGAAAUAAUGUCGGUAGUGGAGGAGUGACUCAAUGAAAACUUUUGUAAAGUUCAUGACAGUCUGACAUAACUGUUCUGCAACUCAUCUGUUUUAGGUCAUAAUCAGGUCUGGACUGAUGGCUAAAACACUUUUCCAUAACGUAGUUAAAAACUCCUGUUUUUUUUCUGUUUAUUCUGGCAAAAAGCUGUUCUAAUAUAAAUUGAAUCGGAAUCCUGUUUCACAGUUGUGUUUCCAAAAAUUGCAGUAAUAGUCAUUUCAGGAAUGUAACCCACAUAUUCCUUUUACUCUCUCCUAAGAAAAUAUCCUGACUUACUGAAACUGAACAGAGAUAGGUACCUGUUCAGCGUUUUUGUGACUGCAGCCAGUAAACAUAUGUUGAUGAAAUACAUUCACAUCUAGAGAGUUUUGACCCUGAUCCUCAGCUACAGUAAAAGAGGACUUCAUGCAGUUGCAGGACAGGGAGGCGCAAAAGCAUCUUAAAAGCUAUGCACCAGCUGCCCACCCAGCAUGAAGGGGACAUUUCUGGCUGCUGAAGAUCACUGGGAUAUAGCAGAGGCAGCCCUGUGCCCUGACAUCAGCUGCAGGGUUUGGGCUGGUGUAGGAGCUGUGACAGCAUCGCUGUGCCACUUGAGGAUUCCCAUAUGCUGGGGGCAUUCUUGCUUUAGGGCAGUUUUGGACAAUAUUGCCAACAGUUGCCCUAAUAUCCUUGAAGUUUUCCCUCUGCUCAAAUUGCCUGUAGCCAGCGUAGUCUCAGCACUUUUUUGAAGUUAGUUCUGCAGUUGCCCAGUUUAGGCUUGAGUGUCAAUGCUAACUUCCUGGAAGUGAGAAAUCCGCUUUCCAGAGUUUAUCCCCAGCAUAGCAGUCUGUUCCACCUACUUCAUUUAUUUUGAAAGUGUAAGUUUACUUAGCAUAUAAGAAAAAAGAGAAAAUAAUAAAAAGUUUUAUGCAGAAUAUAAACAUAACUAGUCUAAAUAUUGCAGAUAGUAUAGCAAGCUCAGACCUUGCAUUUGGAUUGGAAUCUAUUGGAUAAAUAAGAUAAAAACUUCACUGGUAGACAGUUCAGUAUCUGUAGUCAGUGUCCUCUUUUCUCCCCCUCCAACUGAAUUCCAGUUGCCCUGUGGAGUUUUUUCUAAGGAGUUUAAAAUUUGUGGUUAGCAUGUUUGGACAUUGUCAUCUGUUACGUUAAAUAACCAUAUAGUCUCUAUUACACCAUAGUUAAUUAAAAUCUUACAAACCUUGUGUAACUUCUUCCCAAUCUCUGUGAAUACAAAAAGGCACCUUCCCAUUUCAAAGUAUCCCUUUGAAGUUUAGCCAUUUAAAUUGAAUGCCUGCCUGCUUCAUCCUAAAACUAAUGAUGGAAUCUGUUAUCUUUGACAUUUUCUUAAAGGUAUCUUUAGCAAGUUAAUUACUUUUUUACACUUGGAUAACCUUUGUUUACUUGUUUAAGAUUGGUAGAUAACACAGUACUGAGAGACGGUACUAAGCUUACUAAAUGAAUAACAAGUGCAAUUCAUAUCAAAUAGUCCAUGUGCUGCAAGCAAAAAAUGUUAAUUUUUACCGGGGGCGGGGGGGAAUCUAUAAAUCACAGUACAGAUAAACUAGAUACAACCAUAACAGGAUUUAUAGAAAUCCAAAAGAUAAGUAGGUACAAUCAUUGUCACACCCACUAAUGAGUGUCAUCUUAAAC